AUGGGUGUGUCGGAGUCUGGAUCGACCUGGCAAUCUUCGUGUCAGGCGGAUUAUCCUACUUCACCGCAUUUGGACACUCCCGUAGUAAUUUCUUAUUAUUUCCAGGCAUCAAGCAAGUCUCUCACAAAGGACGAGACAAAAAUACUGCUUUCGUUUAUUGAAAGUAGUAAAAUUAUUUAUAAUAAAAGAACAAAUGCGACUACUAACAAAUUGAAAAAUGAGGAGUUGAAACGCAUAAGAGACCAGUUCAAUGCUGUGGUGACCACAUCCUACCGGACACCACAGCAGUUGCGUUUAAAAUGGGAAAAUCUUAAAAAGAAUUCCCGUAAACGCAAUACACAAAUACGUAUGAAUAACAUAAAGACUGGUGGCGGUGGUCCUUCCUACAUCCCCCCUGAUGAUGUGUUGGACAGGGUGGCUGCAUUAUUAGGAACUACUGUAGAUGGGUUCACAGUAGCAUAUGGUGGUGAUGCUGAACUAAUACCAUGUGUCGGCAGUAUUAAUGGCAGUGGUGAUGAACAUGGUUUGGAGGUUGUUGCAGUUAUAGAUAAUGUAAUUGAUAAUGGUGCUGAGGUGUUGGAGUGUAACAGUGGUGUUGAGGUGUUGAAAGAGUGUGUGGUCGAAGACACAGGGCCUUGCUCAGUCACACCACCUAACCCCAAAUUUUUACACACUCCCAAAGCCAGCGGGUUUCAAAAGAAAAUCAAAAUCUGAUGAGCACCGGGCAUCCAGAAACCAGGCAUUAGCAAAUUAUUAUAAUGCAAAAACUAAACUUUUAGAAGCAAAAUUUGAAAAUAUAGUGUUAGAAAAUAAAAAAUUCAAAUUAGAAA